AUGUCAAACAUCAUUCAUACUGUCAUCUAUUUGCCUCUCAAGAUACUCAUCACGUCACUUGUGCUAUCACUGACUUUUGAUCGCAUCAUAUACAAAGACUUCUACAUACAUGAUCCAGCAGAUUGUCACAAAACACAUCUCUUUGGAAACGUUGAACAUCUAACAAAUGUAAUCGAAGAACGCAUGAAACCUGAAUAUAAACCUAUGAAUGAUUCCGUUCAUAAGAUGUACCAAGAAAAAAAGUUGAGAAUUAUUAAAUGGAGGGCCACAAUGGAUUUUGUGUUUUUUAUUCUGUUUGUAAUUGUUCUUUGUAAGAUAUUGAACAAAGACAAUCUCCUCCCGUAUUUUACCAAUGAUCACUUACAUUCUAUGUUAGGAGCUUCAGGUGAUAAAAAUCUCCCAAGUUUCAAUGCUGUCUACAAUUUGACACAAUUUGACAAAUUCCUCAAGCAAUCGUUUAGUUUAUCUCUGUCCAAGUUUUUCUGGUACAACAAGAAACACAUUCAAGAAGGUAGGAAAAACCAAGAAAAGAAGGAUUGGUGUUUUGACAACACUCACCGAAUGCUAAGAAGGCCGCACUUCACUCUGUCAAGGGUUAAACCUGGCCACUGCCAAGUGCCUGGGGUGAUGCAGACUGUGUCUGGAGCUCUAGAAUGUGCUGCUCCAUGGGACCGUACUGCUGAAGACACACAAGUCUACAAACCUUACUGGACACUUCCAGAACACCUGGAUAACACUUCCUACUGGAACCCAGGCAACUGGUCCUACACUCACUAUAGUAACUAUAAUCACUGUGGAAGGUCUGGGCGCUGUUACCCGAGUGGAGGCUACAACAGAAGUCUGUGGAGCGAGGCUAGAGUGGUAUUGAGUGUGCGAGACGAAGGAUGGAUGGAUCACUUCACUCGAGCGCUGCUAAUUCACCUCACUCUUUGUAAUGUCAACACUCGACGCAUUGUGCCCGUCACUCUGGUGGCUGAACAAUCUGUCACUGGAGAAUUUCUUAAUGUGAUCGUGCUAAGGAUGAAGAUUGUAGAUCUCGGAAAUGGAUACACAAAAUCAACCAGAAGAGAAUGGAACUUGGUGAAUAUCAUAAUGCCAGAUCUCCGAAAAGAUGAAAAAAGUUUUUACAUUUACUUCUGA